CUGUCAGCCACAGUUACGUGUUGCUUUAAGUCCCAGUGGACGGAGUUUACUCUCACAAACACCAGCCGAAAACUGGAGAGGACCUGCAGCAGCAAAAAGGGACAGUUUUCCAAAGAGGCGUGAGCUGACUGGACGCUGUGGAUAAAAUAACAUUGGCAAAGGUUUCCAGUGGACUCGAUCUCCAGGAGAAGAGAGGAAUUUAAGUCAGAGGAACAAAAACAAAGCAUUAGUCCACUACUGUAAAUGGACGCAGUGAAGAUCUCGUAAAGGACACAUAUUUUAGACUCACCCAGUGUCCGCUCCCUGGAUAUUCCUUGGCUCUUUAAAGCGCGCUACAGAGAGCCACAGAGAUGGAUGUGGCGGCUGAUCAGCCCCGCUGGAUGCAUCACCAUGCCGUGCUGAACGGACAACACCCGGACUCUCACCACCCCGGUCUGGGGCACAACUACAUGGAGCCCACGGCGCAGCUCCUGCCUCCGGAUGAGGUGGAUGUUUUCUUUAAUCACCUGGACUCACAAGGAAACCCGUACUACCAUAACACUGCGAGGGCCAGAGUGUCCUACAGCCAAGCGCACGCUCGUCUGACGGGGACUCAGGUCUGCCGGCCUCAUCUCAUCCACAGUCCGGGGAUUUCAUGGCUGGACGGAGGGAAAGCAGCCCUGUCGGCUCACCACCACAACGCCUGGGCCGUCAGCCCCUUCAGCAAGCCCAGCCUGCACCACCCAGGCUCCGCGUCCCCCGGCGGCCUCUCUGCCGUCUACCCGUGCAGCAGCAACUCAAACACGGUCUCCGCGUCCUCGUUAACGCCGCCGUCCCACUCCAGCCCCCAUCUGUACACUUUCCCCCCUACACCACCAAAGGACGUAUCGCCGGACCCGGGGGCCGCGUCUCCCUCCGCCACCAGGAUGGACGAGAAGGAAUCUAUCAAAUACCAAGUGUCGUUAGCGGAGGGGAUGAAGAUGGAGGGCUCCAGUCCGCUGAGGAGCAGCCUGGCCUCCAUGAGCGCUCAGACCCCCUCCACCCACCAUCCCAUACCGACAUACCCUACCUACUCUCUCCCAGCGGCACAUGAGUACGGCAGCAGUCUGUUUCACCCAGGCAGCCUGCUGGGAGCAUCCUCCUGCUUCACCCCCAAGAACAAAGGCAAGACACGGUCCUGUACCGAGGGCCGCGAGUGUGUAAACUGUGGAGCCACCUCUACACCUCUGUGGAGACGUGACAGCACCGGACACUACCUGUGCAACGCCUGCGGGCUGUACCACAAGAUGAACGGCCAGAACAGACCGCUCAUCAAACCCAAACGCAGGCUGUCUGCUGCCAGACGAGCAGGCACCUGUUGUGCUAACUGUCAGACGACCACCACCACGCUCUGGAGGCGCAAUGCAAAUGGAGACCCAGUGUGCAAUGCCUGCGGCCUCUAUUAUAAACUGCAUAACGUGAACCGACCUAUGACCAUGAAAAAGGAGGGAAUACAGACACGCAAUCGAAAAAUGUCCAACAAAUCCAAAAAGAGCAAGCGGUGCAGCGAUAGCUACGAGGAGUUUUCCAAAAGCAUGCACGACAAGAGCUCUCCCUUCAGCGCCGCCUCUCUGGCCGGCCACAUGUCCAUGGGCCACUUGCCACCUUUUAGCCACGCUGGACACAUGCUUCCCACGCCCACCCCGAUACACCCUUCCUUUGGGCACCCGCACCACUCUAACAUGGUGACGGCCAUGGGCUGAGAGGGUGAGGACAGGGGUUAACAUAUAGGAACGCUGGGGAACCUGAGAUGGUUGUGUGAACAGGGAUGAAGGUCUCACUAGAGGACAGUGUGUACAAUGUUACAGACAUGCAGUUUGUGUGUCUUUUUGAUUGUCUCUUGAUUGAUUAUGCCAACGGUAUGUUGGAGAACAGAUGUAUCAUGGGAGGAAAGGACCUUUUUACUCCUUAUCUAUAGGUACCUAUUUGAUGGAGGAAGACAAACACACACAUGUAAACACAAAAAUGUCAUUGCACCUCAUAGUUUUAUCCCCACUGACAGCCUGACAGACUGCGGUGUGGUUCAGUAUGUGCCGAACAGGUUCAUAGUAACUGUGAAUAUUGUAAAUGUGUGAGACGGAAGGGGACGGCCCAGACAAAGCAAUCCCCUUCACAACAUUAAAUAAAAAUAUGCUGGAUUGUUUUUUGCUUAUGGACAAUUUUAAAGGAAUUUUCACAAAUGAAACAAGCAAACAAAAAAGGUUUAUGAAUCCUAAUUUGACACUGUUUAUUAUAAUUAUUGUUAUUAUAAUUAUUAUUAUUCAGAUAAUUUAUUUUCACUGCCUUUUUUCUUUUACUAUAUCACCUGAAUCGUAAUAUAACUGUUAUCCCAGGUAUGAAUAUAUUUUUAGCUGAAGCGCUUUCUCUGAGCUGGUCAACAUUUAUACUCGUUAAGAAAUAAAGAUAUCAAGUUUGUUAUCCCA